AGUUUACUAUGUUCUCUCUCUUUCAUCUUCAAAAAUCAUCCAUUUUUUUCUCCCAUCUCUGCCCCUUUUAUAGACUCACUUCUGUCUUCUCUUCUGCUCUGUCUGAAAUGGUGAUCCUCUGGCGGUGAAUUUGAUAUACAUAUAUUCUCAUUUUCACUCUGUUUGAUCGGAGAUGGUCCAAUCGGCGGUGGAGUUUCUGGUACCUUCGACGUGGGAGAUCGAGGUUGCGGUGGCAGCUUCGGCCUUCUUGAUCGCUUCUUAUUGGCUAUUCGCUUACAGAGUCGGCGGAGACGACGAUGUUGGGUUUGAUCCGUCUCGCAAUCCCGAUGAUUCCGGUGACGCCAUGUUUGACGAAGACAAGAUAGGACAGUUGAGAGGAGGAGACACUCAGACAAAUGCUCCGUACAUUAUCAAGGUGGAACUGCUGGCUGCUAAGAAUCUCAUUGGUGCAAACUUAAAUGGAACAUCAGAUCCUUAUGCUAUUCUCAAUUGUGGAUCAGAAAAGCGUUUCAGUUCUAUGGUCCCUGGCUCCAGGAAUCCAAUGUGGGGUGAAGAGUUCAAUUUUCCCACAGAUGAGCUUCCUGUCAAGAUCAAGGUAACAAUUCAUGACUGGGAUAUCAUUUGGAAAAGCACGGUCCUUGGCUCAGUAACUAUUAGCGUUGAACGUGAAGGCCAGACAGGUCCAGUGUGGCACUCAUUAGAUAGCCCAUCCGGACAGGUUUGUCUCAACAUUAAUGCAGUCAAACUACCUGUGAAUGCUUCUAGGGCUAUAACUGGAUAUGCUGGAGCCCGAAGAAGGGUCACGUUGGAUCAGCAAGGACCAACAAUUGUGCAUCUAAAGCCAGGGCCUCUGCAGACGAUAUUUGAUCUCCUACCUGAUGAGGUUGUUGAGCACAGCUAUUCAUGUGCCCUCGAGAGGUCGUUCUUGUAUCAUGGCCGAAUAUAUGUUUCUGCGUGGCACAUAUGUUUCCACUCCAAUGUUUUCUCUAAGCAAAUGAAGGUUGUUGUACCUCUGGGGGAUAUAGAUGAGAUUCGCAGAAGUCAACAUGCAGUGAUAAACCCAGCGAUAACAAUCAUACUACGGAUGGGCGCUGGUGGACAUGGUGUUCCUCCUCUUGGGACUCCUGACGGUAGAGUGAGGUAUAAAUUUGCAUCGUUUUGGAACAGGAACCAUACGCUAAAAGCAUUGCAGCGUAGAGUUAAUAAUUACCAUGCCAUGUUAGAAGUUGAGAAGAAGGAGAGAGCAGAAUCUGCUUUACGUGCACAUAGCAGCUCUAAGAGAGGAGGUGCAGGUAAAGUACAAGUUAAAGCUCCUGUAGAUAUUGCAGCUGUACCUAUAAAGUUUCAGGCUUUCAUCAAGGAGGAAGUCCUUGUCGCCAUUUACAAUGAUGUUUUCCCAAGUACACCUGAGCAAUUCCGGAACGUUUUGUUGGCUGAUGAUUCCACUUAUACUAAUGAGUACAGAUCUGCAAGGAAGGAUAAGAAUCUUAAUAUUGAGCCUUGGCACACUGCUGAAGAAUAUGAUGGUCAAGUUAGAGAGAUUAAGUUCAGAUCGAUUUGUAAUAGUCCUAUGUGUCCACCAGACACUGCUGUAACAGAAUGGCAGCACGUUGUUCUAUCACCAGAUAAGAAAACGCUGGUUUUUGAAACUGUGCAACAGCCGCAUGAUGUUCCUUUUGGUUCUUACUUUGAGGUCCAUUGUCGAUGGCGAUUGGAAGUGAAAGAGGAGACUUCCUCUGUACUAGAUGUAAGAGUUGGUGUACAUUUCAAGAAAUGGUGCUUGAUGCAAUCGAAGAUUAAAUCAGGAGCAAUCGAUGAGUACAAGAAAGAAGUGGAAGUGAUGCUAGAAGUGGCAUUGUCACAUCUUAAGUCACAUUCUUCCUCAAGCAGCGGUGGCGAUACAGAUAAAAACUCUGCUUUGUCGUUGCCUCCAAUACCAGAAAACACAAGCUAAGUCCUAAUUCACCAAAAUCAAAACAGCUUCUCAAUCCAUCCUCUAGUGCAAGUUCUUCUACCAUCAACUUUUCAGCUUGUUUACAUGUCAGAAUGUAUAUGACUGCCGUAACUAUAUGUUAGGAUGGAUGAUUACAGGGGCUUGUCUGAUUUAUCAUACUUGUGACAAAUUUGCAAAGAAAUGAAAAGUAUUAAGUUCUCUCUGUA